GAGGAACGUUCGUCUCCCUCCAUUCAUCAAAACACCAUGCCAGCUCAAGCCGCUCCUCGAGGAGCUGCGCCGGCGCAAGGCCAGGCAGGCCAAGCUGGCCAGCCGGAGCAGGGCGAGAACAAGAUCUACACGAUCGUGCGCUCGCUUGCGAUUUUCAUGGCGUGCCAGAUGGCGAUGAAGUACGGGAUGCAGUACUUUGGUGUCGGACCACCUGCGACGCCGGCACCGGCGCCCGCCUCGCCCCAGCUCGCCGACGGGGCGGGUGGCGACGCGGCCGCGUCCAUGCCUGUCCAGGCCUCCGCAGUGCCCGCGUCGCUUGUCGCCAAGCCGGCGUGGGCGCUGGGCACGACGCUCUCGCUCCUCUUGUACGCGGACACGGCGGCCGAGUUCUCCCCCGCAACGGUGGACUGGGAGGCGCCGCUGGUGCGAUGGGACAACAUCACGCUCGGCAACUGGAAGGACACGCGCGAGGAGGACCUGCUCCUCCCCGUGCCGAGCAGCGUGCAGGCCAACGGUAGCUGGUGGAUGGACAUCCUGCUUGUGCGGGACGGCGGCAGCCCCGUGGGCCGAGAGGAGGGCGCGGUCGCGCACCACCGCAAGGAGAUGACGCGGUGGGCGCCGAAGAAGCGGGUGCGGAAGGAGGUAUCGCUCCUGGGAUCGAAACACGCGAACCAGACCGAGGCCGAGGCGGCCGAGGCCGAGGCAGAGCGGAUCAAGAAGGAGGGCCCCCCGCCCAUCAUCUCGUACUGGAGUCGCAACCUGACGCUGACGAUCAUCAACGACGACAACACGGCCGACUUUGCGGCCAUGCCCCCUGCCGUGCGCGAGAACUACCACCUCGCGCCCGGCCCCGAGAUGCAGUACUACCCUGUGGUCUUCGCCAACGAUUUCUGGCUCCUAAAGGAGAACCUCGUGCCCAUCAAUGCGAGCACUACGACGCUGCCUCUCCGCGUGACGUACCACGCCAUCAGCCACAUGAAGUUCAACAUUUUUGCGUCGCUCACGGCAAGCUUUGAGCAGAGCGCGCAGGCGCAGGGCACGGGCGCCGAGCUCGAUGAAGUCAAGCGCAUGCUCGUCGAGACCAACCCCGUGCUGCUGAUCACGACGGCGCUCGUCACGGUGCUGCACAUGCUGUUCGAAUUCCUCGCGUUUUCCAGCGACGUCGCGCACUGGCGCAAGAAGGGCAAGGACAACGACCUCGUCGGCGUCUCCCUCCGCACCAUCCUUACCAACGUCUUCGUCCAGCUCAUCAUCCUCCUCUACCUCCACGACUCGUCCGAGGAGACAUCGCUCAUGAUCCUCUUCACGCAGGGCAUCGGCCUCCUCAUCGAGGCGUGGAAGAUCACCAAGGUCGCCAACGUGCGUAUCCGCCCCGCGAACAACAUCAUCGGAUACCGCCUCGCGUUCGAGGACAAGCACGAGCUGUCCGAGGACGAGAAGAAGACGCAGGAGUACGACGCCCUCGCGUUCCGCAUCGUCUCGUACUUUGCCGCUCCUGUGCUUCUCGCAUACUCGGGAUACUCGCUCGUCUACAGCACCCACAGGAGCUGGUACUCGUUCAUCAUCAGCACCCUCGCGCAAGCCAUCUACAUGUUCGGCUUUGUGCAGCUCGUGCCCCAGCUCAUCAUCAACUACAAGCUCAAGAGCGUCGCCCACAUCCCCAUGAAGGCGAUGGUGUACAAGACGCUCUCGACGGUCGUGGACGAUUUCUUUGCGUUUUGCGUCAAGAUGCCGUGGCUCCACCGCCUCGCUUGCUUCCGCGACGACGUUGUUUUCGUCAUCCUCCUCUUCCAACGCUGGAAGUACCGCGUCGACUACUCGCGCGUCAACGAGUAUGGUCAGCUGGGCGAGGACGAUGCAAAGGCCAUCCAGGCCGCCAAGGAGAAGGGUGAGGUGGGCGACGAGGCUGAGACCAAGAAGGACAAGUAGUGUGUAGCUUGAUCUUCGGAUACCCUCGAUGGCAAUGCAAUGCAUCCUACACAACUGGCU